AUGGAUUUUAGCAAGUUUGUGAGAGGUUCAGAGCCAUUUUUCUACUACAGAAGGUAUCCCACAGAAGCAACGAAGAAAGUCUUUCAGGCUGUAAAUUCCGGAGAUGCUACUUUGCUUAAUGAACUUCUGGAAAAGAUGCAAGGCUAUGAAAAGGCUUUCACGCUGAAAACAAAGAUGGAAGCCUACAGGCUUUAUCAGGCGUAUUAUACAACUAGGGCAACUCCGCUAAUUGUUGCGGUUAAAAAGGGAAAUCUUGAUUGUGUGAAGGUACUUCUGAAGCACAAAGCAGAUAUCGAAGGCCGUGCUGGCGAUGACGAUGUGGAAAAUUGUUUCAUGUAUGAAAAUUGUACACCUCUGUUUGUUGCCGCUGUCUCAGGCAACCUUGAUGUGUUGAGUUGUUUGAUUGAAAAUGGAGCAGAUGUCAAUGCCUGUUCAGAUGACCAGAGUACUCCUCUCAUGAUAGCUGCCAAGUAUGGUCACCUGAAGGCAGUGAACUUCCUUAUAAAACAUGGAAGUAACAUUGACCUCCGUGACAAAAGGGGUGAUCAAGCUCUUCACCAUGCGAUUCGUGAGAAAGAUGACUCAUGCGAUGUUUUGAGAUGUUUGAUCGAUAAUGGAGCUGAUGUCAAUGCAUGUACUAAUAAAAACGCCACCCCUCUGAUGAUCGCAAGCGUAGGCAAUAAGAUCAACCAAGUAAGCUUUCUUAUUGAGCAUGGAGCCAACCUUGAUCUUCAAGACAACAGCGGAGAUACUGCUUUUCACUAUGCUGUUUAUCGCAACGCACCCAAGGUUGUUGAUAAGCUACUGUCUGUUGGAGCAUCGCAGUUGCCUAAUGGUCAUUGUUUAACCCCUCUUCUUCUAGCAAGCAAUCAGUGCUGCAGUUCACUGGUUGAAGAACUAAUCAAGAGACCAGAAUACUCAAAGGAAGAAGUAAUCAAUGCUCUUGAGCUCCUAGGUGCUUCCCAUAUUACUAGGCAACCUCCAGGAACUUUUGUGGAUGACAAUCCCGCAUUGGAGGCCUUUCAGUUCAUUAAGCGUGGCAUGGAGGAAAGAUUUUCUAAUGCUGCUCAGCCCAUCUUAAAACAACCAAUGGAACCUAUUGAAGCCUAUCAGAGCAGAAAAGAGUGUCAAACUCUGGAGGAACUUGCUUGGCUAGAAUUUGAUGAAAAUGCACUUAUCAUGGAGGGUCUUAUCAUACGAGAGAGAAUUCUCGGAACAGACAAUGUAGAGUUGAUUGCUCCUAUCCGUGAGAUUGCUAAGUACCACAGCGAUAAUGAAAUUAAUAUGGAUAAUGAUAUUUCAAUAUGCAUUGGACUGUAUAUACAUGCCAUGAAGAAAGCAAGAAUUUGCAAUGAAUCUGCCAUCUCAGAUGUCGAUGGCUUAACUUCUUUGUUGUACGAUAGGGUAAUUGGUAACAAUCCCCUGAGAAAGCAACAGCUACCACUUCUUGAAUUGCUUCAGCAAACAGUUAUUGAGUUUAAGAGACAACAGGCGGAAGGAGUUGUAAAAAUUGACUCAUUUGUAUUCAAACCUUUUGAGUCCCGAGAACUUUUUGAUUCCUUUCAGAAACUUUUGCAAAUUAUUGCCAAAUAUGAUGAUGGUGAUGAAACAGAUUCUUCUCUGUCAGAACUGCUGGAUAAACUUCGCUUGCUGAAUCCUACCACUUCUGAGGGGGAUACAUUGUUGCAUGAAGCUGUUGACAGAAACCCACUCCACAUUCCCUGCCCCAGUGCAGUGAAGAUGUUACUGAACACGGGAUUUAGUGCAAAUGCUACCAACGACAAUGGAGAUACACCACUUCACAGAGCUAUAACGUUUUCUCCCAUCGAUGACAUUCAUCUCCUAGUUCUCCAGGCAUUGUUUAAUGGAGGUGCUCAUUAUGAUUUUGUCAACAAAGAUGGCAAAAGACCCAUGGACGUCGCUCAAACUGAUGAGGCUCGCAUGAUUCUUUUAGAAGGGAGGACAAUAGAGUUAAAGUGUAUCAGUGCCAGGGCGGUCAAAAAGUUUGGAAUUCGUUAUUUAGGGGUGGUACCCAAAACACUGGAAAAAUAUGUUAGCAUGCAUUAA